AUGGUCAAGCCCAUCGAGACCUUGGGCUCUUUUCUCUCCCUCAUGUCCUUCCACAUUCUCUCUCUUUUUGGACAGGUGUUUUGUCUCCAAAAGAUUGCCCUCGACGUGGCCAAGAAUUCUCUGGAUGACCUGUAUAAGGGAUGUAUCCCUUUGAGAGAGCUCAAAAUGAAGAAACCGGGAUAUAUUCCCCUGCCGAAAAAAUAUAUUGCAACCUGGAAAAUGGCCAUCUCGCAUGUGGAGAAACUCGGCUACAGUGUCGGCAACUUCAACCGGAUGUAUGCCACUGCUAUUAUGGCCUACACCAUCGGAGACCAUCUAUACCGUGAUUUCAACACUGCCGCUAAGAAGACUGUGCCCGGUUGUUACGAAGUUUUCCGUGGGAUUAAAGGUGUUUGUUUUACUGUCUCCGACAAGGUGGUUCGCUUUGGACAAUUUUCUUCCUCGUCCUUGCUCAAAAAAGUGUCCCAAGGGUUUGUCGAGGACACCUUCUUCUCCAUCAAAACCUGUUACGGCGUGCCUAUCUCUCAGUUCUCAUUGCGCCCGUACCAAAAGGAAAUCGUCAUCCCAUCUUAUGAGAUGUUCAACGUGAUCAGCCACAAGAAAACCCUAAAGGGGGUCUUCAUCAGGCUGGAGUCCAAAGGCGUUUUCAACCAUUUCAUCUGUGAAGUCCUGAAAGGUCACUAA